CUUUGUUUUGCACGCUGAUUCAAGUUUAUUUUUACUCGCAUUCAUCGGCAAAUGAGAAUUUUGCAAGAUUGCUUUUGAUUUCAAUACAACAAUUUUUUUUGCACUCUGAUUCGAAUUUAUCGUGCUGUUGUUCAUCAGUAAUUUGAAUUUUGCAGAGUUGCUUUUGAUUUCGAUGCGACAAUUUUUUUGCGCUCUAAUUCAGAUUUUUUUUAUAUGCGUUCAUGAGUGAUUGAAAUUUUGCGAAAUACCUUUUGAUUUUGGUACGACAAUUUUUUUUUGCAAUGUUUUGAUUUUAUGCAACGGAUUUAUUUCGAUUUUCGAUUGUAGGAUUAUUUUUGGUUUUUGAUGGGAUUUUUGUUUUUUUUUAAUUUUCACUAUUUUCAAAAUUUUUUUUUGAAUGGACUGGGACCAGAUUCAGGGGGAGUGGACAGUGCUGAAAGAAAGAUUUGAGGCAAAAGCAAAAUGUUUGAAUAAGAAGAAACUCCCUAAUAAUUUUAAAACGACAUUGGAUGAAUUGGUUGAUAUUUACAACGAAUUAACUACAUUUGCAAACGUAUGGACACAUCCAAAGACACGGUUGUCGAUUACGCAUAUUUCAGAAAUAAACCAAGGUUUUAAUUGUUCAAGAGAGAAAUUGAUUAAGGUUUUUGCACGACAUAAUUGGAAAUUUUUGAUACCAAAACGCCCAGGAGAGAAAGUUGACUUUGAAAUCCUUGAUACCGACACAGAAGAAGAAGAAGAAGAAGAAGAAGAAGAAGAAGAAGAAGAAGAAGAAGAAGAAAUGGCGAAUCCAGCAGCAGAUGCAGCUAAAUUAGCCGCAAAUAUUAUUCCUGUAUUCAAAGGCGAACCAGAAAAUUUACGCUCAUUUACUGAUGCACUUGACUUGGCAGACACGUUGAAAGGAGACCAAGAAGCCGUAUAUGUGGCAGUGAUCAAAAGUAAAUUACAAUCUGCCGCAAGAGACUGCAUCGCAGCAGGAACAAAUACAAUUAGAGCCAUUAGAGAUACCUUGCAAGCAACAAUCGUAGCACCAAAUUCAUCUAUUUUGGAAGCAAAAUUGAACUCAACUACAGCAAGUCGCAAAGAUCGUGAAACAUAUUGCAAUGAAAUUGAGGAAAUCGCAAAGUCGCUCAAGAGAGCCUAUAUCACCGAAGGUAUGACACCAGCUUUAGCUGAGCAACACGCAGCACGCGAAGUGAAGAAGACUUUGACAACUAAUUCAAUGGAUAAAGAGCUUAUUGGCUCGUUACGUGAUCGAAAAUUGGAAACGGUCACUGAAGUUUUGACUGCCUAUGGCGAAGUAAAACAAACUCACCAACAGAUAAAUAUGGUACGUCGCAAUAAUGGACCGCGAUUUAAUCAAAGAGGAAGAAACUUUUCCCGCGGAUCCAGAGGUCACAAUAAUUACAGAGGAAAUUACCGAAAUAAUAAUAGAAAUAAUUACAACAACAGAUACAACAACAAUGACCGCAACAAUUAUGGGCGCGGAAACUCGAACAAUAAUCGUGGAAAUCGCAAUGACCGACAAAACGCUCAAGCUCGUCCGAUUCAGGGAAACGAGCAAUGGCCCCAACAACAACAACAGGGGGCACAGAAUCAGCAAUCGUAAACAAAUGUCAUGUGUUCGCUAUUGAUCUGUCCCUUUCAUCUUAUUUCUGUUUGCGUACGACAUUUUCGUCGCGCUGUCUUGUUUUUCUUGUGGACACAGGAGCUUCAGUCUCUAUAUUGAAGUCUUCCUGCCUACCAGACCAUUUUUAUGUCGAUCAGACAGAUACUAUUACUAUUUCUGGAAUUACGGACGAACAUGUUUUAACCAACGGAACGAUUUCUAUCGAGCUUUUUGCACGAAAUUCGUCAUAUUUGACAAGAUUUCACGUGGUGAACGAUGAAUUUCCCAUACCAGCUGACGGUAUUUUGGGAAUGAAUUUCUUGACUGAAUUCGAAGCAAAGCUUCAUUACGACACAUGGACAGCGGAUUUGACAGAUCAUUACGGAGCGAAACACCAACUUACACUAUUCGAUCGAACGAACGUUGAUUUCCCAUCAAAUUGCGAAAUUAUUGGAACAUUGAAUAAUUAUGCUAGAACUAAGGUCACUGACCCCAACAUUAUUGAACGAAGAAUGAAUUGCUUACGAAAAAACUUUCCAGAGAAAUUUAGGACGAAAUUGGAAAAGAUUUGCAUGAAUUUUAUUGAUGUUUUCGGAACAUCGGAAGAUAGCGUAGGUUGUAAUAAUUUUUAUAAACAAAAAAUUCAUUUAACAGAUGAGACACCUGUUUAUAUUAAAAAUUACCGCACACCCUAUUCCGAUAAGGCAGAAAUUGAUCGUCAAAUUAACAAGUUAAUUGAUGACGACAUUCUCGAAACAUCAUUCGCAGAAUACAAUAAUCCCAUUUUACUUGUACCGAAAAAACCAUUACCAGGUAGUACUCAAAAACGAUGGCGAUUAGUCACAGAUUUCCGCCAAUUGAACAAAAAGAUGGUUUCUGACAAAUUUCCGAUACCACGAAUGGAUGAAAUCCUUGAUAAAAUGGGAAAUGCAAAAUACUUUUCAGUCCUUGACCUACUUAGCGGAUUUUUACAAAUCGAACUUGAUCCAGAUUCGAGAGAUUGCACUACGAUUUCGACAGAAAAGGGCUCUUACCGUUAUAAACGAUUACCUUAUGGCAUCAAGAUUGCGCCAAAUUCUUUUCAACGUAUGAUGAGUUUAGCUUUUGCGGGAUUGAACACAGAGAGAAAUUUUGUCUACAUCGAUGAUUAUUGUAUGAC